GGGCCGAUAAACGCCCGUUUCGUUUCCUAGGCGGGCCAGCGCGUCGUUCAACUUGGCCAUCCACUUCGUCGUUUUCAGUAUCGCAGACUCACAGUGCACGAUCGAAGCGUGGCUCGUAAAACAAUAGUACGGCUCGAAAAAAAAACCUGGCGUGUUCGAGUGAAACUCGAAGUUUUCCCUGUGAAGUGUCCAAAACUGGAAACUUUGGAAUACUUUCGUUAGAAAUGUCAUGAUUGGUUCGGUACGACUAUGUCGACCAGCGCACCUCAACAGGAUCUAAUCGACUUCCACGUGGGGGCCCCUGAGCCGCCCGGCGCUUCUGAGCCGCCUUUUUCCUGCGAAUCCGAAAGCCUAAUCGACACGGAUCUACCGGUGUUUGAGCAAAAACUCCUCACGCACUCUUCCGCCGCUUGCCCACACUUGCGGAAAAACAGCAUAGAUGUCGAGGACAUUCUGAUCGACUUUGAUGACUGUUUCGACAAAGACAGUCUCGAUGGGGAGGCAGUGGAAGUCGAUGACUUUCUUCCAGUGUGCGAGGGAGUUGAGGACGAAGCCGCCACCUUGCCAGUGGACAACUUCGAGGCGCUUCUAGUGCUGAAGAACCUGGAUGACUUGCUGAACGCCACUCUGGAUGAGUCGCUCGACAGCAAUGGGAACGUGGACGACGAUGCCCAGUCCAUAGAGGAGUGCCUGGAGGACUUGGACAACUAUCUGCAGGCGAUUGAGAAUUAUGAGACUGAGUCUGAAGAAUCAUACGAGCAGAGCUUGCAGAGCGCCGACAUCCAGGAGCCGUUCGACGAGGAGCUGGAGCGCCGCAAAUUGAGGCAAAUCGAAGAAAACUACCGGAAGUUCGUGGCCUCUGGGAUCGUCAAUCGCGCAUUUACCGACACGGAAAACAAUGGUAACUUCACGCCUGCUAAUCAAUCGCGUAGGCCUUCGUCGGCGUGUGCCAUGCCCGACCGGAAGCAGCCGCUUAGGGCCAGUACUGUUAAUGCGCCUCGACGCCAGCGACCUCGAGUAACCAGGCGGAAGUCGCUUGGUGAACAUUUUGUCGCACCGCACCGGACGUCCGAAACCGACGCACCCGGGGACUGUCCAGUUCUCACCAAUGACGUCAGUCGAGAGCGUCAUGCUUACGCUUCAGCUGAGCGCUGUACUGGAACGGUCAUUGUUGAGCCGCUGCAUAGGCAAUGUGAGGAAGCCAGUUCUUCUGCAUAUGCGGUCAUUGACGAAACGGUAUCACCCGAUACGCGCAGAACACCGUGGGUGCGCACUUCUAUGCGGAGGUUGCAGCAGGUGGCCUUGCCCACCUCCGGAGGGCAGGAAGGUCGGCCUGUGAGUGCCCCGUCCCGUUUGCCCCCGCCCGAACCAACUGGUGAUCGGGGCCGAGCGCUGUCUGGCAACUCGGACAACCGGCCCAGAAGCGCCUCGACUUCAUCGCGCUCCCAAAGAGCCAGAAGUCCCUCUUCCAGCACCACGAGCAUCGUUUCCAGCGUGGACAGUGCGCAAAGUCGUCUGCCGCCGUUGGAAACUGCCACCACAACCAACGCUGACCCCAGCAGUAGCAACAACAGCCCCAGGCGAGCAUGCGAACGCGCUAACGAAAUGCCCGAGGCGGAAAGUCCGCUGGGCAAAUGGCCCCAUAGUUUGAGCUCCAUGAUGGCCUGUCUUGGUUGCACCCUCGGGUUGUUCAACAUAUCACGCUUCGCCGUUCUCACCAUCCACUUCGGGGCCAAUUUCAUAUUCCAGUUCAUCCUACUGUCGCUCGUUUUCGGGCUGCCGCUCUUCACUCUCCAGCUCUGUCUGGGCCAACAACUGGGCACCGGCGUGAUCGACAUGUGGCGAAUUUCCCCGCUCUUCCAAGGUGUCGGCGUUUCGCUGCUCAUCACCCAGGCGCUCACUGGACUCUACAGCAUUGUGGGCGUUUCCUGGAUGUUCGUCUACUUUCAGGACUCCUUCAUCACUGCCGUGGACAAAUACCGAUGGGCGCAGCCCUUCAUAUUCUAUAGAAAAGAUGCACAGCCUCCAAUCAACGGCUCCUACAAGCUGAGUGAAACGGUGCCUGACUACUUCAGCGGGGUGGUGCUGCAACGGUACCACUUGCCCAAUGGAGUCGCAUAUGGAACCAUCAAGUUCCAGUCGGCUUUCAACUUGGCGGUAGUCUGGACGGUGAUUUUCGUGUCUUUGAGCAAAGGCUUGCGCUCCUACGGCAAGGUGAUCUACGUGUUCACCCUGUUGCCAGUCUUCGGCACCUUCGUCCUCUGUGCCAAAAUCCUCGGUCUGAUGCCUCCAGAGUUUGUGAAUAUCAUCUUCCCCGAAACAUCUUGGGGGGAGUUUUUUCUCAAUUCGCGGAGCUGGCUAGCGGCCGCACAAGAAACCUUCCUCACAUGGGGCCUGCUGGGGGCUGCCAUCAUGCAAAUCGCCUCCCACAACAAGCACAAGCACCUUCUGCAAAGAGAUUCUAGUCUAAUAGCGGUGAUCACCAUUUCCGUCUUGCUCUUGAUGGCCUUCCUGGCUAACACCUGCGUGCAGAUUCUCAGAUCCUAUGGAUACAGCUACUACCCGAGCUCUUUCGAGCGAAUCACCUCCUAUCAGUUUCUGAGGCAGGCCAAGGAUUCCUUGCCGGCAACAAUUUCAAAUACCCCAGUGCGGUACAUGAGGCACAAUUCCUUCAUCCUAGGGGAGCAGGUGAUCAGGCCGGGCGCUGAUGGGGCCCAUGAAAGCGGAUACCAGGUGUUGCGUUUGGCGACUGAGAUCCUUCCGGCUACUUUCGCAGUGAUGGGCGCCGACCAGGUAUCUCCAUUUUGGGCCGUUCUCACCUACUUCAUCCUCAUCAUGUUCGGAAUCGCGCAACAGCUGGCCAUCUGGCACUGUGUUAUCACUGGAAUCAUGGCCAUCAAGCCCAAGGUGCUGAAGAAGUGGGACUCCACCAUUACCUUCUUCAGCUGCGCUUGCGGCUUUAUCCUGGGCCUCCCAAUGGCUACUGAGCUAGGGAUUUACGUGGUUUACUUCAUGGACUACACGCUGGGCAGCAUUUGGUGGCUGGUGAUCGUCAUCGUUCUGCAAAUCAUGGCCGUUUUCCUGGUCAGAGGACGGCCCUACAGCGGGGACACGGUCGUAACAGCUCUCUUCAGCCCGAACAACCACAGCUACAUAGUCAGUUGGGCCCCACCGCUGCUGGCGUUCAAUUGGAACGUGAUCUUACCGGUGGUUCUUACGGUGUUGUGCAUUGCAACGUUCAAAAACGGCAGUUUCCGGGAUAUGUUCAUUUGGCACCAUGUCCCAUUUGCUGACUAUUGGCCUUUGUGGGCCCGACAGCUGGGAUCCAUGAUGCAACUGCUUCCAGUCCUGUGCGUUCCGUUCGUUGCAGUUAUUCAGAGCUAUCGCUACCUGAACAAUGGACCUACGGAUAUACUAGACGACAUAGAGGAUCAAGCGAUUAACCGAAUUCAGCUGCUGUACCGCCCGCCGCUAGGAGAGCACAUGGAAGACAUCUCUGUUGCGGCGACAAUGAGUGCCGCAAACCCCACAAAUCUGCCCUCAGAAGACCCUCCGCCCAAGUACACGCCUCCGCCCAGCUACACAACGGCAACAGGAGCCCGCCUGGCCAAAUUCCUCCGCCAAAGCAUCCGACGGAGUAUGCGACGAAUAGUGAACGUGCUGGGCGAAGGCAGCUCUUCUGCAGGCACCUCCAGAAGUCGCCCCAGCGUCCAGAACGUCGCCCAAGCGCCGCCGCCCAAUUACAAUGCCGUUUUCGUCGAGAUGAACGUCAGCAUCAACCCAGACGACGCCGAUGAAGCCAGAAUCUCGACGCUGGAGCGGCUGAGAAACUUGCAGGGCUCACCUAACGCUCUCACUGCGGCCGAAGUGGCUUCCAUUCUGAGAAGCAGCUUCAGAAGAAGCCGAAUGCGCAGCCCGGCUAGCAGUCCUGAGCACCGAGACUUUGAUGACCACGGUGUUGGGUCUCUGAGUGCUGAGCACCUGGUGGACGCGGCUGCUCCCAUAGGAGAAACGUCGCUGGUCAUCGACCAUGUCCAAGAUCAGGCGCGCAAAGCGCACAAUGAAGAUUUAUCUGUGAUAUGACUUGUGUUCGGCAACAAUCAGCACUAAGGGACUAAUCUGGCCGUCAAACCAGAGUCAAUUAAUUAACAAUUACAGCAAUUUAAAACCGCUCAAUGUUGUAAAUAGCCUGCAUGUAAAAAAAACCGGUAACAUAAUGGAAACCCAUAAUUCUCACCUUGCAAGAAGUAACAGCAUCCUGGGGCUAGAAAGUAGCUUUCAGUAAAACCUCAAACCACGCUUAAAUUCUUGUUUUCUGCACACAAAAAAAACAAUUUUGGAUAAAUGCCACGUACACACGCAAUUUUUGAACACUGUCAGUGGUACCAACUUAUAGUUUCAGGUUUUAGAAACAGAAAGACAGAGACAACAAAUGAACGUGUUUGUGUGUAUGUAACAAGUGAUUCGCUUCAUUUGAAGGCGACAUGAAACUAAAAAAUAUCGAUUUUAAGGGACCAGUAAUGCGCAAAAAUGAUAUGAAAGCACAGAUGAUGUUUUGAUUUUGCUUUUACCUUUUACCUAACAUGUAGUAAUUGCUGUACGUUAUUUCAGUUUCACCGUGUGGCUACGUUAAAAUCCUACGUAUUUUUGUAUUGAUACUGUCUGUUUAACAAAUAAUACCGAAAAAUAAAAACCAGUUGCAUCAAUAAA